GGCGAGCCAAGAUUUCGCAGAAAACGCAGAAGUUUUCGGUGCCCCGAACGCUGAUGGCCACGGAUUCCGAAGAUGCCAAGGCCGACUACGCGGCGGCGCUGCGGGCAGCUGAGGUCUCGGAUCACCACGGCGCGAUGGUGGCCUUCAGCCGGGCGAUGUGCCUGGCAGGCGAGCACUCGCCGCUGAGGGCCACCUGCGCCCGCGGGGUGCGCCAGGCCUUGCAGAACCUCCAGGAGCACCAGUCGGGCAAGUUUGACUGGACAGAGAUGUUCAAGGCAGACCCCGCGGCGCUGCUGGGCGCCUCCAAAGGGUGCGCUGCUCCGCUGCCAGUGGCAGGCUACAGCAAGCCGGUGCGCAUGACAGUCUCCACUUGCAAGGGACGUGGACUGGUGGUGUGCCAGGAUGUGGAGAUCGGGGAACUCCUCUUUGUGGACAAGGCCUGGGUCCUGCAGCCGUUUCCCUCGCUGCUUCACGCCGCCAGCGUCAAGCUCCGAGACUCUCGGGACGCGCCGCGUGGCCUUUUCCACGGCGGCGACGACCAGCGGCUGCCCGAGACUCUUCCGCGGCUUUCGGAGGCCGAGCUGCGGAGGACCCUCCAGUUCAACGCCAUCCACCGCUGGGCGUGUGUGGACGGCGAGCUCUCCAGCGAGCUCAGCGGGCUGUGGCCGCUCGCGGCUUUUGUGAACCACUCCUGCAGGCCCAACGUGAACUUCACCUUUGUGGGGGACCUGUUGCUGUGCCGCGCCACGAGGAAGAUGAAGGCCGGGGAGGAGCUCUUCGCGAGCUACGUGCGCCUGGACCGGCCCUUGCGGCAGCGACGCAGCGAGCUCAGUGCCACCUACGAGUUUCACUGCACCUGCGCCCGCUGCAUCUUGGAGGAGGCCUUCUUGGACGCGGAGCUGGUCGACGGCUUCAUGACGCAGAUCAAGGCGCUCACCAAGGCGCCGGGGCGGAAGGAUCAGGUGAUCGCCUGGGCGGAGUCCUGGUCCUUCCUCUACCGCCAGAUCGAGUACGAGGUGUCGCUGGCCAUCAAGCAGCGGGGAAAAGAGCUGGACGAGGACUUGGCGCUGAGUGCGGCUAGCGACCAGCUCUUUAGCGACUCCUGGACCGAUCUGCAUGAGGAGCAGCGGGAGGAGCGGCUGCGGCGCCAGGAGGAAUUGCGGCAAAACAUUGCACGGCUUCAGGGCCAGCAGGAUGGGAGGCCUGUGAAUUACUCGGGCCCGGGAAGAGAGGACGUCUACGGUGUGCAGCUGCAGCGGCUGCUGUGCGGCUCCUUCUGCUCGGUGGCGGCAGAAUCAGCGCGGCUCUGGCGGCGCAUCGGCGCACAACAGAACUGCGCCAGAGACUGCCGCUGGAUUUGCCAGCAACUGGAGGAGUCGGCGCCGGCGACGCAGCAGCACGGCUUCUGGGCCACCGAGUGGACGAAAUCCACCUGGAAAGCCUUCCUCAAGAAGGAGGAGGCGCAGCUUCUUCUUUCCCAGCGCUUCCCGGACCUUUGCGCCCCCACGCUGCCUGCGGACGUGCGGAAGGCUGCAGAGUACGCGAAGCUCAGCUUGGGCCGCUGCUACGGCGGUCACCUUUGGCUGCAGCAGAGCCAGCUGCUGAAGUGGCCGCCGCCGCUGCAGGCGGCCGCGCUGCAGAAGUCCACCGCCUUCGCGCCGGUGGCGCCGAGGAAGAAGUCCCGGCGCCCAAAGUUCCGGCACUACGCCUCCGCCUCGGUGCGCUGGAAGGACUUCCCCAAGGGUCAGGUGCUGACGGCGCCACCUGUGGACUUGGAGGACAAUGAGGAGCUGAAAGCGGCGCAGGAUACGGACUUUCUGGCGGCUCUGCAGUCCAUGUUUAAGGCGGAGAACUGAAGGCUCAGAGCAAGACCAACAACAUGCGGUGAGUUGUUUGAUUGUUUUUCUUUGCCGA